AUGAAAUUAUUCUUAAUAUUCAUAAUUUCUGUAUAUAGUAAACUACUUUAGAAUGAGACCAAUAAUAAUACUAUAGAUCAUGAAGAAAGGAAAUAAUUAAUGGAUGAUUGGGAAGGAUAAAUGGCAGAUUUUAUUCCUGAUGAUAUGUUAUCAUUUGAAUUAUAAAAAGGAGAAGUCGAGAUCUUAGAGCAAUAUAUAAAACAUCCAACAAAUAUUAGAGGAGCAUUCUUUUUAUCAUUUAUGAAUAAAGAUAAAAUUGAUUUUAGUGUAUUCUAAUUAUCAAUUUAUUUUAGAUCAAAGAUCCAAGAGGAAAGGUAAUUGAUAACAAAAAUUAAAAGAAAGAAGCCGUUUUUUCUGUUAACAUCACUAAUCCAGGAAACUAUAAAUUUGUGUUCAGCAAUAUAAAUGUAAACAUUCAUAUAAUUUAGAGGGCAAACAUAAUCAUAUUGUGACAUUUGCUCUUGAUGUUCGAAAUGCAACAUAUGAGCAUAUAAAGGAAGCAGACUUAGAUCCAAUUUAGAAAAAAUUAUCUAAUUUAUAUACUGGAUUGAAUGAUCUAAUGUUUGACACUAAAUUUUCAUAAUAAAAAAGAGAAGGAGGUUAUUAAUUUUUAAGAGACAAUAAUAAAAUGUAUUUCAUUUAUACUAUUAUUGAAACAUUAAUUAUUGUUAUUGUAAGUAUUUGGUAAGUAUUUUAUAUUAAAAGAAUCAUUGGAGUUUAACGUAAAUUUGUUUGA